CAGCGGCAGAGAAAGGCCAUUAUUAGUUCUGGUCCAAGGCUGCGUUCGUUUUCCGGUCACUUCGCAGCUUGUUCUCCGCGACCUCAGCCUUGCGCUUUGCGACCUGACCAGGCGCUAAUGCAUGCGUCGCGCUGGGACAUUCAUGAUCGCGUGCAGUCACAUUUUAACGCAGUCCUCUAAUAUGGCGCCGAACCACAGGACGAAACUAACUCUCGAUCAUACAUUCAGUAACGGAUAUCGAGGACUGCUGGAAUUUCCCGUAUCAAAUCGAUCCGCAUCAAAGUCAACCUCUGCAAACUCUACUUUGAUCCUCCACACCUUUUUAGCCUUAGCCCCCACGGGUGCGGAAACCAGAAACCAAAGCCGAGCAACACGUUAAAAGAAACUUUUCGUAGCGCGGCUACAGUAAGAGGCAUUCUCAGCAAAGUCCAAGUAUGGC